AUGGCUAGCUCCAUUAGAAUCGAUGAAGGCCAGGAUAUAGCCAUACAAUGUGAACUGUUGAUCAAUCGGAAAAAACGUCACGGACGGAUCUAUGAGUUUGAUAUAACUGAUAUUCGCUUUCGACGAUCUUUGGUGAGACGUUUCUAUGCCAUAAUUAUUUUACAGAUUGUUUUGUGUAUACCCUGUAUAGAGAUUCUAUUGGCCUUUCCUUUGCAAUUUAUGGAAAUCUAUAAUUUAAUGGUGACCCUGUUGAAUGUGCUAAUAUAUACCUGCCUCUACAUUCUGAGAGAUUGGCGCAGAACACCGCCCUAUAAUUAUUUGGCCCUCCUGUUGACCACAAUUUGCAGUGUGAUAAACAGAAGUCUAUAUACCAACACUUUGGGUCGAACACAUUGGAUACAAAUCUACCCGGUGGCCUUAAUAUUUGAACUAGUUGCUUUGAUGCUCUAUUCGAAGCAAUAUAAAUUCAAAUUCAAUCAAAUUUAUGGCAUUAUAGUAUUAUGUUUAGCAUUCAGUUUCUUUCUGGUAUUGGCCUAUCAGCUAAAUCAAAUGAUGACUGUAGUCUCAGCGGCUGUUUGUAUCGUAGAAGGUUGGUAUGUGCUCUAUGACACACAGCAUAUGCUUUGUGGUCGCCAUGGCUAUAAUUUGAAGAGUCAUGAACAUAUUUAUGCGGCUUGCAAUAUUUAUGCUGAUAUACCAAAAUUCGUAUGGUCCUUGUUUAAAGUUAUAUUUCUGAGUCAAAUUAUUGGAGCCUUUCGUUUUUGUCGUGACUGUUGUCGCUCGGAAGUCUGUUAAAAAUAAAGAUGCCUUUAAAAUAAAA